AUGGACUUCAAGCUACCGGAAACAGGCUGGACGCCAAGUUUAUUAUUUUUCGGUUUUGUCGUUUGCUUCGGUGCAGCCAUACCGGCAGGAAUGCAAGUUAGUGUUAUAAAUGCCCCAGCUAAGCACAUCCAAACAUGGUGCAGAGAAGUCAUUUCAAUCCGUUAUGGCUCUAUUUUAUCUCAAGACGAAAUGGAACUAUUUUGGGCAUCUGUGGUUACAGCAACGGUGAUGAUGGGUAUGGUUGGUUGCCUCUCGGGUGGUCAAAUAUCGUCUAAACUAGGAAGGAAAAAAUCGUUCCUGAUUUCCGGCACGCUUCUAGCCAUCUCAGCUCCAUGCUUCCUAUCCUGCCGAGCUUUAUCUUCAAUUGAACUUCUUUUCAUAGGAAGAAUCGUUGCAGGCUUGGCGCUGGGUCUGAUACUCUCUGUUAUGCCAAUGUAUCUAGCGGAAGUCUCUCCGCUUAAAAUGCGUGGUGCAAUGGGAGUUUUACUACCAUUAGGUAUAACCGCAGGCGUUGUGGUUGGACAGAUAGUCACUCUGGACCAAUUGCUUGGCUCGGCAGAUCUGUGGCACUAUGGGUUGGGCUGUGGUGUUUUGUUUUAUUUGUUUUGCUUUGUGCCUUAUAUUUGGUUACCUGAAAGUCCUGAAUAUUUGUACACAAUAUCAAAGAAUCCUGAAGCCGCACUGAAGGUGAUUGACAAGUUAUUCGGACAAAACGCAAUCGAUGAUGCCUUCGUAAAGCAAAUACGAAUACCCGUUCCAAUCACCAAACAAUCCACAUCCAUCUCACUUUGGACAGUACUUAUGGACAGUAAAUUAAGGUUACCAUUAGUAUUACUAUUUUCAAUGAACAUGGGUUGUGGUCUCUCAGGAAUCAAUGCAAUAUUUUCUUAUUCUGUCUCAACGCUGGAACGGAUUGGAAUAAGAUCAAAUGACGCAAAACUGGUAAGUGUUGGAUUUGGCUGUAUCAACCUUGCAGCAUCUAGUUGUGGUCCUUUCCUGAUGGCCAGAUUCAACCGUAGACCCCUGAUGCUGAUUUCGUGCGUAGCUUGUGGAACAACUCUCCUUAUCAACACAGUGAUUAUCCAUUUUAUAGAUUCGGUUGAUUGGUUCGCUAAGGCAUCAAUAGGAGCUAUCGUACUAUUUCUCCUUUCAUAUCAACUUGGUGUUGGCCAAAUACCAUUUUUCAUAGGUUCUGAGCUAUUUGACAUAGAGCCUCGGGCAUCCGCACUUGCACUGGGGAACUUUGGCAGUUGGUUAUCAAAUCUCAUCAUAGUUAUGUUAUUUCCUAUCGAACAGCACGCUUGGGGAGCAUUUGCAUUCCUGCCAUCUUCCGCAGUAUGUUUUAUAUUAGGAUUGUUUGUGUUUUUCUAUCUGCCGGAAACUCGUGGACGUAACAUCAGUGAUACAGCACUACUCAUCUCAAAAGGAUUCAAAUCUUAUGUUCGGUAAUUCAUAACAACUUUUAUUGCACGUCAAUCGCCCAACAAUAAACAGACAACAACCAACAAUUAUCACAGCUUUUCGCGGUUUCUGU